CAUUGGGCUGCGCAGGUUUGUGUUGUGGGAGUGGUAGGGGCAGAAUUAAUUAUUUUGAUAAGCAGCCGACAAACUACUGAACCAUGGAAUUCAUCGCUGUUCCGAUCAAGCGCACCUCGGAACAGGAUCUGGUUCGACCGUUGAAAAGUAUCAUCGCUUCGUCGUACAGCACGGCGGACAACCCGGCUGACUAUGCGGAUGCCAUCCAGGACAUGAACAAACUGCGAGCCAGCGCCACGUGGAAGAGCUUCGACAAGACGGAGAGCUCGCUGGAGGUGCUGUACCGCUAUUAUGACCAACUUGUCGCCACAGAGGCCAAGAUCCCGGCCCAAGAGGUCACAAUCUACUUUAAGUGGAAGGACGCCUUCGACAAGGGCUCGUGGCUGAGCGGCCGUCAAAGCCUGACCAUCGCCUCGUUCGCCUUCGAGCGGGUGUGCAUUCUCUUUAACAUUGCCGCACUGCAGAGCCAGAUCGCCGCCGUGCAGAACUUCGAGAGCGACGACGGCCUGAAGAUGGCGGCCAAGAUGCUACAGCACUCGGCCAGCAACUUCCACUACCUGAAGACGACCGUUAUGUCAGCCAUCCACCAGGAGCCGACGCCCGACCUCAACCCGGAGACGCUGGCCGCCCUGUCGCAGCUGAUGCAGGCCCAGGCGCAGGAGGCUUUCGCCCUCAAGGCCAUCCGCGACCAGAUGAAGGAGGCCAUCAUCGCCAAGGUGUGCGCGCAGUGCGACGACUAUUUUGGCGAGGCGCUAAAGGCCAUGCAGCGCGAGUCGGUGAAGAGCCUGUGGGAGCGUGAGUGGCUGACGACCGUGUCGCUGAAGCAGUCGCUGUACCAGGGCCUGGCCGAGUACUACCAGAGCCGCAUCUGCAACGCCGACAAGAAGGUGGGCGAGGAGAUCUCGCGGCUGCAGCGGGCCGAGAGCCUCCUGCGUUCGGCGGCCUCCCGUGGCGGUGACGUUGAGGCGUGGGGUGUGUACGCGGUGCGAGCGCAGCAGGCGCUCACCUCAGCCAAGAAGGACAAUGACUUCAUCUACCACGAGCGCGUGCCCGACCCGAAGGCGCUGCCGCCCAUUGGCAAGGCAGCCAUCGCCAAGAUCCUGUCGCAGCCGGAGCACUACAGCCGCGACUUUAGGGACCUGUUCGCGCAGCUGACUCCUGUGCAUGUGCAGCAGGCCAUGGCCACCUACGAGGUGCGCAAGGCCGAGCUGGUCAACAUGGAGGUGGGCCGUCUCCGCGAGGCCACGCAGACGCUCAACGGCGUGCUAGCCUCGCUAAACCUGCCGGCAGCGCUGGAGGACACGAGUGGCACGGCGCUGCCGGCCAGCAUCCGGGAGAAGGCGGCCACCGUGCGCGGCGACGGCGGUCUGCAGGCCAUCCAGGCGCAGCUGGACGACCUGCCCGAGCUGCUGACGCGCAACAAAGAGAUCCUGGAGGAGACGCAGCGCAUGCUGGACGAAGAAGCCGCCUCCGAUGACCAGCUGCGCGGCCAGUUUGCCGCCAAGUGGACGCGUACGCCUUCGGCCAAGCUGACCGAGUCGUUCCAGCAGAACGGCGCCAAGUACCGCCAGAUCCUGGCCAACGCCGUGCAGGCAGACGCCGUGGUGCGCGCCAAGUUCGACGCCAACCGCGCCGGCAUCGAGCUUCUGAGCCGGCCCGAGGCUGAGCUGGUGGCGGCCACGCCGCGCGGCGAGGCCGGCGUCGAUGGCGGUUCGCCGGCCGCCCAGCGGCUGCGCGCGCUCAUGGAGCGCGUGGACGCCAUCAAGUCGGAUCGCGAUGCGCUUGAAUGCCAGCUGAAAUCGGCCACUACUGACCUCAAGGCCAAGUUCCUGGAGGGGCUGCAGGCGGAUGGAGCGGUGAGCGAGAGCGCGAUCUCGGAGGAGACGCUGGCCACCACUUACGGCCCGCUGCGCACGGCCGCAGCCGAGAGCCUGCGCAAGCAGGAGGAGCUGCUGGCCGAGGUCCAGGAGGCCAACACCGAGUUUGUGGCACAGCGCGGCUCUGGCGGCUCUUCGCGCGACACGCUCUUCAAGGACCUGGCCACGGCGCACGACGUGUUCACCGAGCUGCGCGGCAACCUGAAGGAGGGCUUGAAGUUCUACAACGACCUGACGCAGCUGCUGCUCACCUUCCAGAACAAGGUGUCCGAUUUCUGCUUCGCGCGCAAGACGGAGAAGGAGGAGUUGAUGAAAGACAUGACGUCGACGCUGGCCAACCAGACCGCCGGCACGACGCCGACGCCGCCACAGUCGCAGGCGGCUGCGGGUGGGGUGCGGCAGCCGCCGCCGCGCCCACCGCCGCCGGCCACCACCGCCGCCGCCUCUUCGGCGCCGCCGGCCACCUCUGGUGACGCCACCCCCAACCCGUACGCCGGCGCGCCGCCGGGGGCUCUGCCGUACCCGAUUCAGCCGCAGGCGGCCAUGCCGCAGCCCUAUGCUCCGUUCCCGUUCUACACGCCCAUGCCGGGCGGCUUCAACCCGUACGGCACGUACCCGGGCGCCAUGCCGCAGCAGCACGGCUACGGCUACCCAUACCCGCAGCAGCAGCAGCAGCAGCAGCAGCAGCAGUACCCGCAGCAGGGACAGCAGCCGUACCCAGGCUACCCGUACCCGCGGCAGCAGUACCGCUAGGACCAACGCCGUCCACGAAAAUUACUCGGCGCACAUGUUUUUGUGUAAGUUCUCGGUUGUAUCGGCGAGAGAUGACCACGACUGACCGAUGGCCGGGCGCUCCCACUCGGAUCCCUUCCCAGGAGAGGUCGCCAGGCAUCGGUGGAGUCUGGCCACGCGUUGUCGGCGGUUGUGAGUGGCCGCAGCGGGCCGCCGCGGCGUCUCAUUGUUAACGACUCGUGGCGGUAAAUUCCUACGUUGGAACGCGACUGGUGGCAUUGUAAUAGCAUCUUGACUCUGGCGGUGCCUCGCACGCGCCUGUAAGACUCGUGGGCAGUAGAGAUCUUCAUUUAUGGCACCACUGAACACUGCAGCAAAGGAAAUAACCACGUGCCGUGCUUGCUGCCGUGCCUUUGAGCUUUGCGCCGCAGCGAAUAUAAGUAGUGUCCUUCGCAAAUCUGUAAAUAUGCUUGGGGUAUUGCUUGAACGGCCAAUAUUCGCGUGGAACGUGCAUUUUGUGAGGUUUUACCAUCAGUAUGGCAUAGGGCAUUUCAUGCUGCCAACGUCUUGUCUAAUUUGCUGACGCUUUCGUCCUUAGAUUUGCCCUACACGGGUUAAAGGAGCAUGAAUCAAGUUUGGGUUUUCGAACACGCCACGUAAUGCCUUCAACAGUGUUGCGUCCUGCUGCUCUGGAAAUGGCGUUUCCGGGUCGUUAUCAAUGACGAAUAUGAAAUAUGCAAUGUGCCGUGCAAACAUAAGCCGCAAGCACUUCCCUGGAAUAAACAAAUACAACACAACA